CGCCCCCUAAUAAAACGCAGUCACAGUCGGUGCUACUCUUCCUUCGUGCGGCCAAAGUGACGAACGGACUCUGCUGCUUCAGCUCCACAAGAAGAGGAAACUGAGACCAGGCUGGAGUGUGUGUGUUUCUGCAGCCUUCACACACACACACACACACCCCCACAUACACGCAGUUGGUGUUUGGACCGUAAAAUAGAGCCACAGUAACCGGAGAAGCGGAUCCAGGCCUCGUUCAUCAGCGGACACCGGUGUGCGUAGACGCGGCUGUGUUUGGACCAGGCCAGGCUGCAGCGUCAGAGUGCGCACUGAAGACCCGUGAGUGGAUUGGUGGAGAAAGGAGGGAGCGUCGGUCUUUCCCACUGCUGCAGGAGGAGCUGACUAGUUAAAGGAAGCAGAGCGAGAGAAGAAGAAGAAGAAGAAGAAGAAGAAGAGAGAGAAACAGAGUCACCGCUGCCAAGACAGCAGCAGCAGCAGCAGACUCUGCCUCCCUCGGUGCUGCACGUCAUGAGACUCCAGACUGCUCCUCAGUGACUCUGCAGGAUGCACCGCUGCUGCAGCAGCUGCUGCGUCGUCUCUUAGAGAAGCUGCUCUGACCUGGAUCCUGGAGUGCAGUGAAGUGAAGAGCCUGAGUCACAGCUGCCACAUUCAGCCUUCUUUCUGUGGCCUUGGAGCAGACAUGGGAAAUGUAAACAGUAAACGGGCUGGAUUUUAAAGUACGCACACAUCCCACGUCCUUCACCCUCCUCCUCCUCCUCCUCCAGAGAUGGAGUUGGAGACGACGAGGGUUGAGUCGGAGCAGGAGGGAGCGUUGGAGCCUCCUAUGCACAGCGUCCACGGGUCCAACCGCAUCAGGCCGUCCUCGUACCGGGCCUUGCGCAGCGCCGUGUCCAGCCUUGCUCGUAUAGAUGACUUCACCCGUGAGAAGAUCGGAGCUGGGUUCUUCUCGGAGGUGUUUAAGGUGCAGCACCGUGUCUCAGGGCAGGUGAUGGCUCUGAAGAUGAACAUCCUGGCCAGUAACAGAGCCAACAUGCUCAGGGAGGUCCAGCUCAUGAACCGAAUGUCUCAUCCAAACAUUCUCAGGUUUAUUGGAGUGUGUGUCCAUGAGGGUCAACUCCACGCUCUCACUGAGUUCAUUAAUGGUGGAAACCUGGAGCAGCUGUUGAGCAGCAACAUCUACCUGUCGUGGAGCGUGAGGCUCAGCCUGGCCUUGGACAUCGCCCGUGGGCUGCAGUACCUGCACAGUAAGGGCAUCUUCCACCGGGACCUGACCUCAAAGAACUGCCUGGUGCGCUGGGAGGGCAGUGUGUGCUCAGCCGUGGUGGGAGACUUUGGCCUGGCAGAGAAAAUCCCAGAUUACAGUGAAAACGAGGACCAAGAACCACUUGCUAUUGUCGGUUCCCCGUACUGGAUGGCUCCGGAGGUGCUUCGGGGAGAGGUGUAUAAUGAAAAGGUGGAUGUGUUUGCGUACGGCAUCAUCUUGUGCGAGGUCAUCGCCAGAGUACAAGCUGACCCUGACUUCCUGCCACGCACUGCAGACUUUGGUCUGGACAGAGAGACCUUCCAGCAGAUGGUGCCAGACUGUCCGUCACAUUUUCUGCAACUGGCCUUCAGCUGCUGUAAUAUGAGUCCAAUGCUGCGCCCAGCAUUUUCUGAAAUUGUAGUAGGGCUGGAGGAGCGACAGGCUGAAACGCAACCAAAAGAUGAUCAGGCGGUGAAAUCAGUCCCUAUUGGCCCUGUGCGAAGACGAUCCCUCUGCCUCCCCUCAGACCCUCGCCUUUCCCGCAGUAAGUCUGACAUGCUGCACCCCUUGGACUCUCCUCCUUCUGAGAACCAGGCGACGCCCGCUCGUGUCAACCCCUUCUCUCAGAGGGAGGACCUGAAAGGAGGCAAGAUCAAGCUCUUCGACACCCCCAGCAAGUCGGUCAUAUCCCUGACCUUCACCCUGCCUCCUCCCCCAGACUGUGAAGACACGUCCACAUCUGAGACAAUGGACGUGUCGUCCGAUCUGCAGAGGAGGCACAGGCGCUGUCACUCGCUGCCUUGCACGCCGCCUCCGCACCUCACGUCUGUGCAGAAAACUGGCCCUGAUCAGGAGCUGUCACAGACUGAGAGUAACUGUGAGAUGAAUGGAGAAGGUGAGGAUGAGGAGGACUUGGAGGAGGAGGCAGAACUGUUAGGACAGAGUGGAACUCACCUGUUGGGUGACUCAGGUAUUCCUCUGUCCCUGGACCUGCUGGACCAAGAAAAAGAGGAGGAGGAGGAUGAAAAAGAAGAGGAACCAAUGGACUGCCUUAGCUCCUCGGACACACAAGGCAGCACCUCCUCUCCUUACUCCAAGUCCUCUCCUCCUUCUCACUUCUCCACCCCCAUCCAGGAUGACUCCCCUACUGCCUUCUCUAAUGGCUGGGGGUCGGUGAUCUCCAACGGGCCUCCGUGCCUGCCGCCGCUGUCUCACCUUGACAACAACAAUGUGGUCAUAAGUCGACCGCUGGGUUGGAGCACCUCGGUCACCAACGACACCACAGCCACCAACAACAACGGUUACCACUGCCCUCCCGACGACCCCGCCGGCUCCUCCCCGUUCGGCUCCAGCAGCGGCCACUCUCUAGACCAGGAGGAGGUCGUCUCCUGUCCGGGCUGCUGUCUUGCCGGCCUCCGUUUCCCUUCUAUGUGUCUCCGAGCUCCACCGCGCAGGAACCCCUACAAAAACCUGAACGGCGACCAAACAGCUACACAUGGACUGCUGAGUCCGGGCCCGAAGGCUCUUCCAGUGGCCUCCUCACCCACGUCCACCACGACGACCACCACAGGCCUGCAGCCGGGUCUCACCUUGCCGGGGGCUGGAACUUAGACUCUGACUCUUCUAUACCAAAACCACACAUUAUUAAAGACCUGUGUAAAGACCUGCUCCUCAGGCUCCCUAGAAGUGAAGUGAAGUGAGUCGUCCGAACGUUUGCACAGAUUUGUUUUAUAUACAGCAAUAACCUGCUUCUUUUGCAGACACACUUCCUGGUGGAGAGUCUGAAACCCACUGAAGACCUGGAUGUUGUUAGACCAGCUGUGAAAACAGAGGACAGGGAGCUUGUGUCAUUGCUGUUGACUGUGAGUGUGUCGCCCUCUGCUGGGCUGAGGGUGUUAGCUGUGCCUAUGACUGCUGCCUGACUGGCUGGGUCCAGCACUGAUCAGCAUGUGAAGCCUUCAGUUCAGGACACAGCCAGUCAGAGGCUGUAAAUGUGCAGAUGUAAAGAUCCCUAUGACUGAUGGGAAAGUGAGGAAUGUAAAGCUUUGUAUUAUUGAUGUUAAGAUUUUUUUUGUUUAUGUUUGGUGCUGUUUUUGAAUGAACAGGCAGUUUUGGGUUCAUGUCUUAUAGUGCACUGCUGAGGUGUGUACAUGCGUGCGUGCAUGUUUGUGUACGAGUGUGCGUGCACUACAUCAUUCCUAUGAGCUGUUUUUGUUGCUGUAUAAACUGUCAGCCCUUCUGGUUGCCUGAAAACGCACUUCAUCUGUAUUACUGAUCCUGAUAAGGAGGCUAUUGAUGUCACACUUUCUCUGGGAACGAGAGAUGUACAGAUUCUUAUUAUUUAAACAUGGCAUUGAAUAAAAAGAUAGACUGCA